AUGAUAACAAAUAGUUCUUCUUUACCUGCUUCAAGUUCUACAGUUUUGGCUUUUGUUGCCUGGAUAGAAAUAUUAGAUAAUUUUUAUGCUCAAAAUGUACAGAGAAAUUUGGGCUUAUUAGCCCUGUGA